UGACCAGAGACUGCGGACAUAGUACAGGGGAUGACCAGAGACUGCAGACAAUACUGGAGAUGACCAGAGACUGCAGACAGUACUGGAGAUGACCAGAGACUGCAGACAGUACAGGGGGUUGACCAAGAGAUGGCAGACAGUACAGGAGAUGACCAGAGACUGCAGACAGUACAGAUGAUGACCAGAGACUUUGAAGAGGGGAGGGAGGGGGAGCCCGGCGUCUUCUGGGACACAUGGCAGGUUCCAGAAGACGUCGGC